AUGGGAGGAAUACGUCCAGCACCACCUGUCGCUACUUUCAAUCAACUAAUAAUAAAUCAACUUCGACAUAAUAAUACAGAUUUAGAACAACGAUUGGAUCAAAUAACUCGAGAAAUGGAACAAUUUCGAGCUCGAAAUGAACAACUUGAAACUGAAAAUAAUGAAAUGAAACGUGAUUUUCAAAUUAUUAAAUUGAAACUGCAGUUAUACGAGCAAUAUCACAAUAACAUCAAGGAUACUGAACAACAGAGAAUUAUCGACAGAAUUACAUGCAUCGCUUUUCGUGACGCUCGUGAUGCUGGUGCAACAUUUAUAAAUAAGCAUUGGAUUGCCGAAAGAGUUCACCGCAUGAUGCGAUUUGUUACAGUAUGGCGAAAAAGACCGUGUAAUUCAUGUUUUGCUGAUUAUUCAAAUGUUGGCGCUAAGCACAAAUUAUCACAAAAGAGUUAA